AUGACGGAGAACAAAAGACCUCCUCGAAGUCGAGAGCUUCGAGAGCAUGAAUUCCAAAGGGUUUACAAAGCAUGCAUUCCUUGUGCACGGCGGAAGGUAAAAUGUCAACUCGUCGAGGGCAGCAAAUGUGCCCGAUGCAGCAAGAAGCGGCUCGACUGCACCUUUUCAACGAAGAAACCUUGGUCGCGGGAGCCAAAGAAUACAGGAAAUGAGUCAAGGGAACUUUUCAUCGGUGAUGAGAGUGUCCAAGAAAGGUCCCAAGGUGCCACUCGACAAGCCGAGACUAAACAAGGUGGUCUUCCUACAUCGAUGCUGCAGAAAGUUGUUUCAAACAAUAAUGAUGCUAUGAAUAUCCUUUAUGAAGCAGCACUCCUUGAAGGAAUCAACCGUGUGAACAAUGAAAUGCCUACAGCCGAUUCAACGUUGAGUAUUCCUCGAAGCUUAAACGAGACCGACGCACUUCGCAUCUGGAAUGCUUGCCGUUUUGUGAAAAUGGGAUGGUUCUCAUCGCAUGAAGCUAUUACAUUGGUUGACAAGUUCUUCACGAACAUGAGCCCGCUUUCUCCAGUCCUCACGGACUUUUUCGCCUCCCAUAAAAACCAAUUUUAUUUAGUGACACAAGAACCGAUGCUAUGCUGUACAAUACUCAUGAUAUCUUCUCGGCAUCAUAUACUGCCUGGAGUUGGCGGUCGUUCCCGCGCAUUCUUCAUUCAUCAGCGCAUGUGGCAGCAUUGUCAACAUCUAUUGAUGCGGCUGACUCUCGGCCAAGAGAAGAUAUCCAAAGCAAAGACUCGAAAUAUUGGGAGCAUAGAAGCCUUGCUAUUAAUGUCGGAGUGGUUCCCUCGACACCUACAGUUUCCACCAGAGACGGACGGUUGGGACUCUGAUUUUAUUAUGACGAAUCUGGAUGCACGCGAUCCUCCUUUGCCAGUUGAAGAGAUACCUGUCUCUGAUACAUGGAAACAAGAUGUUGUGGAGCCAACGAAACGUUUUGAACACAUGUCAUGGAUGGUCUUGAGUCUUGCUUUGGCACUGGCCCAUGAGCUAGGUGCCUUUGACCCUAAUGCUCGGAUGUUGAAACCCGGCGACCUGGUCGGCUUCGAUGCUGAAAUGUACCUUCAACAUCUCGAACUGCGUCGGCAACGUCUUCCAAGCCUUCUUUUUGUAUUUAUCAACGCAUUGUCAUCCAGGUUGGGAUGCACGUCACCGAUGCCUUCGGAUGUUGGCCUCAUGACGCCCGAUCCGGGAUUGCUUCGACUAGACAACAGGGGCAACGAAUGGCUGGCUUUCAUGAAGUCAUGGAGAGAGUUGAGUAAAUUGACCUCGUCCAUUAUGCAAACUCUGUUUCCCCUGAUGAGCACAUCUCUGGCAACUGGAACCGCCGAUGCAUUUUUCUCCAUUUUGGAACAAAAACAGAGCUUGUUGGCAAAUUGGCGGCAACGGAACCUGAGCAUCGCUGUUCCUGGGUCAUCCUUCACUGAUAUACUUUUCAUCGAACAUCAGCAUCUCCGGGUGCUCAUCAACUCCAUCGGAAUGCAGGUCGUUGUGCAGCGAGUUUUGUCCAAAACAACCUAUGCCGAGUCCACAAUUGAUCAUUCUUUCAUAGAGAGAGCACGAAAGCUGAACAUGACUGCUCGAGAGUAUGGUUUCAUUGAGGAAGUAAUCGAUGGCUGUUGCGAAACACUCGAAAAGAUCGCAGCUCUCGGCAAAGCCGGCUCCUUAUACUUCUCCCCUAUGAGAUUGCUCUUCCGAAUGAUUAGCUUUUCAAUAUUCCUCAUGAAAGCCCUUGCUUUGGGUGUACGGACCAGCAAAUUGCAAGAAACCCUGCAGAUUCUCAACCGAGCUAUAGAGUCUCUGCAGGAUAACAAUGAGGAUGACAACCACAUGAAGUUACGAUAUGCUGCUCUGCUGACUACACAGGCGGCUCGUCUACGGAGAAGUCUAAUGUCAUCAAUUCCAAUAAUUGAAGCCCCCAAUGUUGAGUCCGGUCUUCUUCAAAGGCCUUUACAAACGCUGGACUUGUACCCGCCUAUGACCCAGACUCUCAGCAAUGACCACGAAGGAUUUUCGAACUUGUCUGGCUUUGAUCCAGAAGGGCCCCUUGACUUUGAUGUUAAUGACUGGCUAUCCCUACCAUUCGAGCCAUCCAUGGUUCCAUUUGGAUCGAAUGAAGGGGAUAGUUGGGCUAGGCUAGACGGUGUUGACUUGGAUCUAGAGUUUCUUUGGCAACUACCCGCAUAA